AAUUGCAUGAAAGGAUUUCUGUAAAAAUUGAUGGGCUAGAUAAAAUAGGAGCCUAAUUUAACCCAAGCUGGGCAAUUCUUUAAGAAGGUGAGCGGGACUAGUAGUCAGAAAUAGAAUGCAAAUAAUCCUCAUUUAAUAGAUAGAAUUGAUCAAUUGAAUAGAAUAAUAAUUUAAGGGCAAUAAAGGGAUUUUUUGAUGCUGAGAAUUAGAUAAGUAAUCACUGAGGCAUAAUUGGGACAUAACAUAUCUCCAAAACUCCAGGAUGCUUGCGAGGUUGUUCAUUAUGCUUUAUUAAAUAAUAUUCCAGUUUUGGUAUCGAAAGUAAAAUUAGUGCAUCCAGAGUUUGAUCUAUCAGAUUAGGUUAUAUUAUGAUUAAAUGAAAUAGAUCAUAGUUGAUGAGAAGGAAUUUGAGAAACAAAAAGAGGAAGCGAAUCCAGAGUUGAAAUCAGAAAUAGAGGUGGACACAUUUGCAAAUAAGGAUUAGAGUGAAUAUUAUGACAAUUAAAGGCAUAAAUGGAAAGAGUAAUAGAGAAAGAAGAGAUGA